UGGUGACCAUCAGUUUGUUCUGUUGUACUCCCUCCGUCCGAGAAAAGUUGUCCAUGCGGACAUUUUACGAAUACCCCCUUCCCUUUCCUCCGACAAGCCACGCAGCCCAUCGCGCCUGCUUGGUCACCUCGCCAUGCGUCGGCCGCCUGCUCCGCCGCCUCGCCGCCUGCUCCGCCGUCUUGCUGCCUGCUCCGGCGCCUCGCCACACGCCGGCCGCCUCCUCCCCCUGGUCUCGCCGCUUCUCUUCGUCCGCACCAGGAGAUCCAGAGGGAAGGAUCCCCUUUUCUACAAAGCCCGACUUGCCGGCUCCGGCGGCGGCGCUAUGUCCUGGAGCGAGUUGGGGCUCGACCUGGAGGCAUGGAAGAUCCUCGAGUUCCUCGUCCUCGAGCUCCUCAUCCACCAGCUCCUCCUCCACACGCUGAGCGGCUGCUGCGGAAGUCGACGGCGUGGGGAAGACGACCACGGCAUGGGGAAGACGAAGACUUGCUCUAGCCACAUGCCACUCCCCCGUGCUCGUCUUGCCGCUGCCGCUUCUGCUGCCUGCUUCCCGCUUGCCCACGGCAGCGCAACGAUUGUAGGACUUGGUGCAGAGGAAUGGAGUACGAGUAUGGAUGCUGCCUCUGUUGAUCUCAGUGGAAUAAUUAAACAUACAUGCUCACGCAGUGUAUCUAGAUUUCCUGUUACCCAUUUCUGGUCUCCAAGGAGCUCGGCGAUCACCUGACGACCCUCCGUUUGAACGUCGUCCUACUGGCUGAAGAUAUGUCUAUGUUGAUCACUGCCCUUUGCCUGUCGUGGAUUACUUGACUAGUGAUGAGUGAGUAGUGAGAAUUAGGUCCCAUUUAUUUUUCUGAACUGUUGAUUUUUCUCUGAAGAUCAUGGGGGUAUGUCGGUUGUCUCUGAAUUGCAACGCGUCCUCGAGGAGAUCCUGCCUGUUGUUCUUGGUUUAACAGAGAAAAAGUCUAAACUCUAGGCUAUCCCUUUUGUGAUCUAAGAUUCGGUCCUUGAUUAAAACUGUGAUGUCUUUUUUUGCUUGUUCUAAUCUGUUUAACAAAAAUUUAGUCAAAAGUUUGUUAAGAGAAGCAACUUUUUGCCCAAAGAAAACUAAAUUUGGAGUAGCAUUCAUUUACUGUCAAUAUCUAGUUACCUUAAUGUUUUUCUAUUGCUUGUUGAUCUUGACAUAAUAGAGAAAUUGACAGUUUAGAAACAGAAAUUUCAAUCAUGGCAACCUAAAGAUUGUUCCAUCAUCAUUACAAAAAUUGACAAUAAUCUACUGUAAUGUUCUUAUUGGAAUUACAGAAACAAAAUUGACAGUACUUAACACUCCAUGUCAUAGUGAACAUUACAGAAAUUGACAGAACACUUAUAACUGGUGAAAAUGCUACAGACCAUGAAUGAUUCUAGAGUUGUUUUCCUUCUCCCAUUUUAGACCAUAACAGUUAACUGAACUUUUUUUUGUAACAUUUCUUCAGAGGACAUGAUCAGUCGUGUUUCAAAUUAUAGAGCAAGCAAGGUACACAGUGCAAUGUAAAGAAUUGUGUUCGAAAAUUGGAGCUUCUGGAGCACAUUUUCUCACCGGCAGCAGCACAAGUAGGAGCUUGAGCAAGGUACAGGGCCAAGCCCUGUAUUUCUUCUCGGAGUGCUUGUAGAGGAGAUACUGGGAGCAAGGUACAGCUCCGGUACUGGAGAUGAAAAAGCAAGGAGCCCUGUAGUACUUCUUCUCACCGGCAGCAGCACGAGCAGGGGACCUCUGGUGAAAGCAGACGAGCAGGGGAGCUCCGGGCGGCAACACGAGCAGGGGAGGAGAAGCAAAAGGAGCUCUAGCUUGAGUUCCAGGCCCGCAAGAGAGAGCUUGGGAUCCAGGCGCGGCGGGAGCUCGCGGUCCAGGCACUCGAGACGCCGGCGCGCGCAGGUCCUGGGCGGCGGCGGUGCAGGUCGUGGGUGGCGGGAGGGGAUAUCGGCGGCGCAGGUCCUGGGUGGUGGAGGAGCACGUCCUGGGCGACGGCAUAGCAAGAAAUUGGGCGGCGUAGGAGCACAUCCUGGGCAGCGACGGAGCAAGAAAUUGGGCGGCGCACGGCGGCGGAGCAAGCAAUUGGGCGGCGCACGACUUGGGCGGCGGAGGAGCACGUCCUGGGCGGCGGUGGAGCAAUCAAUUGGGCGGCGCGGCUCCUGGAAGGCUGAGGAGCAAGCCCUGGGCGGCGCCGGCAGAGGUCCUGGGCGAGGACUGACCCUGGCAACGCGCGCGGCGACAGACAGAGGAAGAAGGAAGGGGACGACCACCAGUUUGUAACAGAUUUAAAGCUGCGAGGGCGUUUUUGCAAAAUUGGUAGUAUACUACGCUGGUGACAACUUUUCUCGGACGGAGGGAGUAUAUGUUACAUGCUAUAGUUAAUUGUUGUUGGAAAUGUGAUGAAGCCACUCGGUGACUUCAAGUGCAUGAUA